UGUAAACAAAAAUUGGGCUACAAACCAAAUAUUUCUUCCCAAACACAUCAUGCGCAAAACUUCCUCUAGACAUACGAAUCUCUAUCGUUAAUCUCCGCUAUCUGUAUAAGCGCACAGGAAAUCGAUUCUUUGCCACAGCAUAGAAAAGAGACCAAGAUUCAUGAAACACCGGAUAGCUGGCGUUCUUAUUCUCUCUCAUUCUCUAUAAAUUUCGACAAACAACUCAUUCAAAGGCGGCGAGGUCGAGGGCGAGAAAUAGUUUUUUUGGUGUGCGUAAAACUGGAAGGGUAUUGUUUUAACAUUUAAUGUUAUUCUGGAAAUUCGGGGUCGGUCUGUUUUUUAAUUGUUAAGAUAUAUUGGGAUUGUUUCCGUAUUACUAACUGUUUGGACGUGAGGAUUUUUCUGGGAUUUUGGAAUAUUUUGUUGUUAUUGGAUGGUUUGGGUCUAGGGUUUGAUAUUUCUCCAUUUUUAUAUAUGGAGACGGAGACGAGCGUUUGUUGAAGGAUUGCGUUGUCUUGGGAAGAUUUAUGCAUGGAGUAGGGUAAUUUACGGCUUUUUGUUGAAUUUUUCGACACUGACACACAAGACUGUUCUUGGUGCGUGUUUUCUUGGUAAGUUAGGCCGUGAGAGGCCCUUGUCGAUAUUGUUUCCGGGAAUUGAAAACUGCAGAAGUUUGGUUUUUGAAUAAAUUAAGCACUUUUGUUCAAUAGACUAGGCAGUAUAUAUAAAUUGUACAAAGAGGGUGAGAAAAGGAAACAAAACACCAGUCCCCCUGUAUAUAUGGAAUAAUUCAGAUUCUUUUAUUCAAACGUGGGCUUUUUUGGAGGAAUUUAUUUGGGGGUUCUAUGGAUUCGGUUAAUGCAUCUCUAUUCAGCCACUGAGUUUUAAAACAGCGCAGUAAUGGCUUUGACCUAACGGAUAAAGGGAUUAGUGCAUUGGAAACUUCAGAUUAGGAUAAAAUUUUGGAUCUGACUUUUUGAAAAAAGCAUUCAAUUUUGUCUGGGAGAGGAGACGAGUCGGUUAUCAAUCGGCACAGUGCUGUGGAUACAAGAUCAUUAAAUAGAAGAAAAGUAGAUUAUCUUUCCCAUUAUUCUUUGUAUACUAUAAUGCUUGGCAUUAGUUAUGGAAAGAAGUGAACCCACAUUAGUACCAGAAUGGCUAAAAAACAGUGGAAGUCUGGCUGGUGGUGGCACUGCAUCACAUUCAGAUGAUCAUUUUGCGUCAAAACUAGCAAGAAAUAAGUCAUUUGUGGCGAGCAAUGGUCAUGAUUUAGGGCGACCAUCUGGUAAGGAUACAUCUUUCCAUCAGAUUUUCAGUAGUAAUGGUUCUGGUCCCUUGAGGUCGUAUAGUAGUUUCGCUAGGGAUCACCGCGGUAGGGAAUGGGAGGACACAUAUGGUUCUCAUUAUAAAGAAAAGUCAGUUUUGGGGGACCGUAAACACCAGUACAUUUCAGAUCCAUUGGGGGGCAACAUUUUGUCUAGUAAAUUUGAGCAGUAUAGUUUUAGGCGCUCACAGUUGAUUUCCAGGAAACGUGGGGAGUCAUGGCCAAAAAAAGUUGCGAAUGAUUUGAGCAAUACCUGUGGAAACAACAGCAAUGGUCUGCUUACUAAGGUCAGUCCUAUUAGCAGUGUCAACAAAGCCUCUUUCGAGAGAGAUUUUCCAUCCUUGGGAGUGGAAGAACGACCAGCCACUCCUGAGUUUGGAAGGAUUCCGUCUCCUGGCUUGAGUACUACUAUUCAGAACUUACCCUUUGGUACCUCAGCCAUGAUAGGUGGCGAAAAAUGGACGUCAGCUUUGGCAGAAGUGCCCGUUUUAACUGGCAGACUAGCUAUUCCUACAAGUUCUGCUCCUAUGACUUCUGGCUCGACCACUGGUCUUAAUAUGGCUGCAACUGUGGCUCAGGGUCCUGCUUGUGCUCAGGCUAUGCCUCAGUUGUCUGUUGGAACUCAGAGACUUGAAGAACGGGCAAUAAAACAAUCUAGGCAAUUGAUUCCGGUAACACCGUCCAUGCCGAAACCCUCGGUCUUGACUUCUUCAGAUAAACAAAAAACUAUGGGGGGUCAGCUGCAGCAUCCAAUUUUGCCUUCACUUUCUGCUAGUCAUUCUCCUCGUGGUGGGCUUGUGAAGUCUGAUGUUUCAAAGACAAGUAAUGUGGGAAAGCUCCAUGUUCUGAAGCCAGUGCGAGAGAGGAAUGUUGUCUUUUCUGCUGCAAAGGAUAACCUGAGCCCAACAAGCGGUAGCAAAUUAGUAAAUUCCUCCCUUUGGAUGGCUCCAUCAGCUUCUGCAGCUGCUCCCGUUAUGGGCCCACCAAACAACUCAUUCAUUCAUAGUGCUGCACACAAGCCCGUAUUGACUGUGCUGGAGAAGCGAACCACUCCUCAAGCUCAAAGUCGAAAUGAUUUUUUCAAACUUAUGAGGAAGAAAUCCAUGGCCAAUUCCUCUUCAAUUCCUGAUCAAUCUAUGGCAAACUCCGUGUCUGUUUCAGAUCAUGGUACUUCUCUGUCACCACCUGCUACAGAUAAGUUUGGUGAAUUAGAGGUCACUGCUACAAGUAUUCUUAAUGCUGGUUAUAGGCCAUCAUGUGUAAGCCUGAGUGAGGGCCAUUUGUCUGACAAGAAUGGUGACCUCACUUGCAAUGGUGGUGCUUGUGAAGGGCAGAAAUAUAUCAGUAAUGGAAAGAAACAUCAAAGUUCUGCUCCUAUAAUUUCAGAGGAGGAGGCUGCCUUUUUGCGCUCCAUGGGCUGGGAAGAAGAUGCAGAUGAGGGUGGUCUUACUGAAGAAGAAAUCAGUGCUUUCUACAGGGAUGUAACUAUAAAUUAAAAGUUUGUGAAUCGUUUCUAGUUCAGAUAUUAAAGAUGGUAUCUAGGUACCCUUGGAGGCCAAAUUUUAAUAAAUAAUUGUACGCAAUUUUAGAACAACAUAAGCUUUUGGAUGGCGUUUGGUAUCGUGCCGAAGUAAGCAAGACUGUAAACUUUCGUUGCCUCUCAUUUGUGAGAAUUGCACAAAUCUUGGACUUUUGAUGGAAAAAAUGAGAGGGUUUAUUCUGAAAAUGUAAACAAAUGACGAUUAAACCAUUUUUACCAUUUCUGAUUUGUAGAAUUACAUGGUUUAUUUGCGUUGAAAGAAAA